AUGAUCAAGUUCUUUGCCCUCCCCAAAAGUAAAUUCGAUUUAUCGAACAAAUUGAUGGCGACAAUCCUCGCAUUGCGCACGCGCAGCGCAAUGCUUCAAGGGAAGGGAACUUCCAUGAGAAUUAUCUCUUCGAUAACACCUCAUGAAGUUGUCCGAUUUGCAAGUUCCAAAGCUGGCGAUUGGGGUCUUGUUGACUCGUCGUUGGUUCGAAAUAAAGGAUUGAUUGGUGGGAAAUGGGUUGAUGCCAAAGAUGGACGUGUGGUCGAUGUACACAAUCCUGCGACUCGCCAGAGUUUGGGAACUGUACCUGAGAUGGGAGUUGCUGAGACGAAGGAAGCAAUCGAGGCUGCCCAGGCCGCUUUCAAGAGUUGGAGCCGAACGACCGCCAAGUAUCGACAUGAUGUUUUGAAACAGCUUUACGCGUUGAUGAUGACGCACCAUGAUGACCUAAGUCGAAUAAUGACGAUGGAGAAUGGGAAGACUUUGGCCGAGUCGAAGGCAGAAAACGCUUAUAGCGCGUCAUUCAUAGAGGCACAAGUUAUUCUUCCUUGUAUUCUAGCUGAGGAGGGUGUUCGUUCAUAUGGGGAGGUGAUACCUUCCCCUUUUCCAGCUUGGAGGAAUGUGACCAUAAGGCAACCAGUCGGUGAUUCUAUCCUAACACCAUGGAAUUUCCCCUCGGCUAUGAUUACUCGCAAAAUUGGCCCUGCUCUCGCGGCCGGAUGCACCGUUGUCAUAAAGCCCCCAGCCGAAACGCCAUUCUCGGCAAUAGCCCUGGCAGAACUCGCGAAUCGUGCUGGGAUCCCUGAGGGCGUGAUUAAUGUUGUCACAACAGAGAAGAAUAUCCAAGAAGUUGGAAAGGAGAUGUGCGAAAACCCUAUCGUCAAGAAGGUCUCAUUCACUGGCUCAACACGUAUUGGAAAACUUAUUGCCGCUCAAGCUGCUUCCACGUUGAAGAAAGUUUCAAUUGAAGCCGGUGGAAACGCGCCAUUUAUCGUUUUCGACGACGGUGAUGUGGAUGCGGCUGUGGAGGGUGCCUUGGCGUCGAAGUUCAGACAAUCGGGCCAAACCUGUGUCUGCGCCAAUAGACUUUACGUCCAAUCUGGGGUAUACGAUGAGUUUGCAAGCAAACUUGCAGAGAAAGUCGACAAGUUCAAAGUUGGAAAUGGUUUGGACAAGGCCACGACACAUGGGCCGCUUAUCCACGAAAGAGCUGUACAAAAGGUCGAAGACCACGUUGAGGAUGCUGUCGCCAAAGGAGCCCAGGUCCUCGUGGGGGGGAAACGUCUCGAGGGCAAUUUCUUUGCUCCGACUCUGCUCGCGGACGUGCCUAACGAUGCGUUGCUGGCUCGUGAGGAGACGUUUGGACCGCUUGCGGGUAUCAUCAAGUUCAAUACCGAAGAGGAGGUUAUUAAGCUUGCGAAUGAGACGCCGUAUGGGCUCGCUGGGUACUUAUACUCGAGGGAUGUCGGUAGGGUUUGGAGAGUGGCGGAGGCUCUCGAAUGUGGAAUGAUUGGGACGAAUACCGGUCUCAUCUCAAGUGCCGUCAUUCCGUUUGGCGGCGUGAAAGAAUCCGGAUUGGGCCGAGAAGGCGGGCCGCAUGGGAUCGAAGAAUACCAGGAAGUGAAGUACAUCGCUUUUGGAGGGGUAUAG